AACUGCCCCUUAAUCUAUGAAGCAGCACACCUUCAUUCGAAGCAACUCCCAACGCAGGCCAUAGAUACCCCUCUUUUCUCUUCACGGCCGCCUACGCAACUUGUCGUCUACUGUAUUUUCUGAGAUGCCUCGCGAAAACAGCUUCACCGACUCGGAGGGUCGUUCGCUCACGCCAGACCUCGACGAGGCCAUGAUGCGCGAGGCCGAGGUGCAACGGUCAGACUCGCCAGAGCCGGUGAUCACAGCGGAGGACGGCCGACCGCGGCACUUGAACCCGGACGUCGUCUCAGCCCCAGACCUCCUCAAUGCCCAGCAGCAAGCAUCGACAGCAAAGUCACCGGCACGGCCAGACUUUGACAAUGUGCAGCCCCGCGCAUAUACCACGCCUGGAGACCGCUUCCGCGCGACGGUGCGCAAGGUCAUGACAAUGAAUCGCACCGCGUCCUCGAUUAUGGUUCGACCAGGCAUCGGUGCAGAGCCUGGUGUCGAUCCUCGACGCGCCUCCGCGAACAUCGCAUACAGCGGCGUUAAGCAGAAGUGCGUGAUCGAGGUAGUCGACUACUCGACGAUACGCACCAGCUUUGGCCGGAUGACGAACAACGAAUUCAUCAACAUGCUGAGGGACCCGUCGGCGAGCAGGAGGGAUCCCUGGGUGCGUGUGCGGUGGAUCAAUGUAGGUGGCAUUAGUUGGGAUGUCAUCAGCGCGCUCGCGCUCAAGUACGACAUGCACCCCCUUGCCAUCGAGGACCUACUCAGCCAGCGGCGGCAUUCUCGCUCCAAAGCGGACUACUACCCGCAACACCUUUUCCUCCGUAUUCUCUGCCACUCGCUCACGUCAGACGAUUACGGGACACCCGACGCCUCUUUCACCAACCUCCCGCGGUCGGAGUCGCCCGACGGCAUUGGUAUCGAUGACUCUGAGGACGAAGAGGAGACCGCGCUGCCAGACGAUGAUCGUACUGUCUUCGGGAGUGCGCGCGCAUCAAGGUUCUCGACAAAGCGCGGGUCGCUGAAGAACGGUACUGCAAAGAUGAAGGACAUGAAGGAUGUGGAGCAUUUGGCUAUGCAAGAUCAACAAAUGAAGCGACUCCAGAUUCCAGCUGAUGACAACAAGAAACAAGUCGCACGCCAGAUGAAGCUCAUUCGCGAACUCAAGAAAGGCGCGCGGGUCGCCGUCAAGAUUCACCCCUUGUGUAUCUUCCUUUUUCGUGACGGCACAGUUAUCUCUAUUAACAGUGACCCGAGUGUGGAGUUCACAGAACCCAUCACCAAUCGUCUGCGCCAACGGCAUACCGGUCUACGUACAACAGCAGACCCGUCGCUCCUAGUGCAGAGUCUGCUAGAUCUGAUCGUGGACUCCGCCUUGGAGGUGGUAGAAGAAUAUCAAGCGAGAAUUCUGAAGAUCGAACAGGAGGUGCUCAUCAAGCCCAGCAUGGAGACCGUUCGACGCUUGCAUAUCCUCCAGGGCGAUCUGAUCCUUCACAAACGUACGCUCGAGCCGGUCAAGACGGUCAUCUAUGGCCUGCGGCGGUACGACGACGACCGAGUGGCGGCAAUGUCCGAAAAGGUCGACCCUGGCAUGAAGAUUCAAGGGUACAUGAGUCACAAAGCCAAGAUCUACUUGGCGGAUGUCCAUGACCAUAUGGAGUAUAUCCUCUCUAGCUUGGAGAUGUUUGCCGGCGUUAGCGAAAAUCUGAUCAACUACACUUUCAAUAUGGCUUCGUACGAAAUGAACGAAGUUAUGCGUCGGCUUACCCUCGCCACGAUCAUCUUCUUGCCGUUGACCCUCCUGACCGGAUACUUCGGUAUGAACUUCGAGAACAUGUGGUCCGUGAUGCAUGGGCACAGUGACAUAAUUUUCUGGAUCAUCGCAUUGCCUGUCAUGGCAAUUGUCAUACCUAUAUUCACAUUGCCCGACCUUCGUAGCAUGGCCAAACUCCUUCAGAAACGGCUCGUCAAGCAGAAGGUCACACGGUCCUAUGGCCGCCCUAGCCGCCGGUGAUCGUCUCUCGAAAUACGUAGUCUACAUUCGUACUUGCGAUCGUAGGCCGGCCCAGGCCGUCCUGCUUCUUGGUGAUGUUGUUGCCAUUUGUCUGUAUACCUUUUCCAGGAUUGUAGACAGUUGUGUUAUUUGGGACAAUGCUUGGAAUAUCUCUACGCUCUUUGAUCUACCAUGGACGCACGCUCUUUCAUAGUAUCUACCGAGCUUGAUCGUAUAGAAGAGAACUGUCUUCAUAUAUAAAUGAUUAUCUAUGUCGUGUGUA